AUUACUGAUCUGCCAUGAAAGUGCUUUAUUUGCUGGCCAGCCUCGCGGUCACGUCCUGGGCCCGCAUGUUGCACGCCCUUCCUGGAGGAUUUGGGGCCUUAGUUUCGUCGUUUGACUGCCGUGAGAGGAUUUUCGGAUAUUAUGCCGACGUGGAGAAUCACUGCCGCGCAUACCAUGUUUGCUAUCCUUUUUACACGGAAAAUGGAGCUUUACUGGACGUGGCUCACUUCUCCUUCAUGUGCGGCAUGAACCUUGUGUUCAGCCAGGACUCGCUCACUUGCUCCCAUCGCAAUGAGGCCUUCCCUUGCGACCAGGCGCCGUCCCUCUACGAAGCAUCCAACUCAGACUUUGGCGUCGUGACGGAGAAGGGAGAGAGAAGGGAGUCCAGAGAUGACGAAGACAAAUCGGAUACGGCGACUGAGGAAAGAAAUUCUUAA